AUGGACUCUAAAACCCAGAAGAAUGAAAACCUCAAGCUAGUAUCUCUCCAACUCCAGCGCCUCAACCAGCAACUAGCAAAAACAGACUCGCUCCUACAGGUGUCGACGAUCCAAGCUCAGUCAGUUCGGAAGUUGGGAUUGUACCACGCAAGCUUGUUUAUGGCGGUUAACCAGAUCACCGAACAGGAUAUUGUCCAGGUCAAUGAGGAUCAAUCCUAA